AUGGUGAUUGGGCGGAGGAUGGGGUGGGCAUCAGCUGACGAAGGGGGCAGGUGGAGGAGUUGGGGGCAGGGCUGCCUCCUGCCUGCACCGCUGGCUGGCUCCUGGCCCCAGAACGGCUCUGGCCUUCGGCGCUGUGCUGGCAGGGAACAAGCAGGAGGCCCUGGAAGGGAGCAGGCUGCCCGCCCACCCGCCUGCACGGGGUGUGUAAGGGGGCUGGGCACACGUGUCCCGCCAACAACUGCAGCUCACACUCGCCUGCCAGGCCAGGCUCUUGGACACUCCCUUCCCGCCUUUCUCCUCCCACCUUCCUCCACAGUCCUCCAGCUUCGGAUCCACAGACGCUAUCAGGACACGAGCCUCUCAGGGUCCUUUGCUGCCUCUCCAUUCUCGGAUCCAGAUCCAUGGAUCUCAGCCGCAGACCCGGCUCUGGCUCCGGCCCCAGCCUCACCCUCGAGCCCAGCGCCUUUCCUCUUCAGCCCUGGGGUCCUUCUCCCUGAGCCAAAACACUACCCUUGGCGGUCCCUGAAGAAGGAGUCUCCCAAGAUCUCCCAACAUUGGAGGGAGCCCAAGCCCAAGAAGAACUUGACAUACCACCAGUACAUGCCCCCAGAGCCGAGACAAGGGUCCAGGGCAGACCCCCAGGCUGAAGGGUCGGCCUUGGGUCCCCCUGGACCACCUCCAUGGGAAUGGACAAACUCACAGCAGCCACCUCCUAGGAUGAAGCUCAGUCCCCUCACUCCCUCCCCACCAGGGGUCCCCAGCCCCUCGCCCUCUCCACACAAGUUGGAACUUCAGACUCUCAAACUGGAGGAGCUGACGGUCUCAGAGCUCCGGCAGCAGCUGCGCCUGCGGGGCCUCCCAGUGUCUGGGACCAAGUCGAUGCUCCUGGAGCGCAUGCGCGGUGGCGCCCCGCCCCGCGAGCGGCCGAAGCCGCGGCGCGAGGAAGGUCCGGCGGGUGCUCCCUGGCCUCGCUUCAGGCGCAAGGCUUUGGGAGCCGCUGGGAGGCCGGGCUCGUUGAAGCCGAGUCAGACAUCUCACUCGCUGCCCCCUCCACGUGCCGCGGAAACCCUUGUGACGGCUCCGGCUCCUGCUCCGGCUCCGGCUGCAUCGACGGCUCAGGCUCCAGCUCCAGCUCCAGCUCCAGUACCGAUUCCUUCUUCAGCAGCAGCCUCGACAGCCCUGACACUGGAGGAGGAGCUGCAGGAAGCGAUCCGCAGAGCGCAGGUGAGAGGGAGCGGGCCUAGGGUCUCAGUCAGGAUCAGGCUGGAGUCCCAGGUUCACGCCAGUUCUGCCCGUCCACAGUUGCUUCCGAACCGGGGCGUCAAUGACAUCCUGGAGGAUCAGGUGGAGCCUGAGGACAUGCUGCCCCCCAUUCCCCUGGACUUCCCCGGCUCCUUCGACUUGCUGUCCCCCUCCCCGGACUCUGAAGGCCUCUCAUCUGUCUUCUCUUCCUCGCUCCCAUCCCCCACGAACUCCCCGUCCCCCUCUCCCAGGGGCCCCACCGACUCCUUGGAUUGGCUGGAGGCUCUGAGUGGGGGUCCCCCACUGGGCUGUGGCCCCCCAGCCCCCAGCAUUUUCUCUGCUGACUUAUCUGAUUCCAGUGGCACCAGGCUGUGGGACCUGCUGGAGGAUCCAUGGUGAUGGAUUUUGGGGUUUCCAGGGACUGUGAACUGGUGGGGAUGGAGAGGCCACAGAGAUAGACUCCCUGAGGGAGGGGUUGGAACAGCUAGCAGAAUCACUCCCACCACAGACACAAAAUCAGAGACAACUCUCAUGCCCACCUGGCCCCUGCACUGCUGCUGACAUGCCAACCUCCUGACUUCUGCCUGACCUCCAUGUGAUCCCCUCCAUGGUUGUGUGGUUGGGGGCAAAGAGGUUUCAUUUGCUGCUGACCAGGGCAAAACAAGCUGCUUGCUGCUCCCCUCAGAGAACUCCUGGAUGUUUUUGUUCCCACUUUCAUCCCCCCAUCCCACUGACUAGAUGGAUGCCUGUUGCUGGGGAGUCUGGAAGGUGGUCUGUGCUUUUUGGAUGCAGGAGAGGGACAGGGAAGAGUAGGGAGAGAGAAUAGUCUGCCAGACCCUUGGCUUCUGAUUGGAGAUGAGAAAAAUCAGAUGUGUCACAUCUGGGGUCAGAUUCUCUCGGAAGCAGAGUCUGAGACAAGGUUUGUGUAUCCAUGACUUGGGAAAGAAAUGCUCCCAGGAGAAACCAAUGAAGGAAUAGAUGAAACAGGACAGCGAUGGGGGAGAAGACUAGCUAGAAUGCGAUUUCAGGUGAAGUCCCAGCCUUAGCCUGAUCCCAUGGGGAGCUCUGCAGGAUAAAUUAAGUGGUAGAGUCUUUCCCUCCUUGAGGCAAAGGGAACUGGGCCUUUGAGGCAAAGGGAGAUCCCUGUUUGGGUUUAUUAUUGCUGAAUAACAAACCGCCCCUAAAUUUAGAGUCUUAAUUCCUGUCUGUGAUUGUUCACAAUUCCAUGGAUUGACGGGGCUCAGUGAGGCACCAUAUAAUGUCAACUAAAGCUGCAGUCCUCUUAGGGCCCAACUGGGCUGGAAUAUCCCAGAUGGCGCACUCAGGUGCCUCUGGCACCUGGGCAGGGAUGGCUAGUAGGCUUGACCCUACUGGGCUGUGGGAUAUCUGGACUUCUCUCAUUCUGGAUUUGGUCUCAGUGCUCUCCCUCUCCAUGUGGUUCCUUUCUCCAGCAGGUAGCUGGACCCCUCACAUGGUAGCUCACGACCCCCCAAAGUGAGCAUUCCUAGGGGAGGAAGCAAAAACUUCCAGUCUCUGAAAGACUAAGCUUGGAACUGGCACAACGUCACUUCCACCACAUCUUAUUGGUUAGUGCGAGUCAAGGUAGCCCAGGCUGAAUAUGAUAUGGGAUAAGACUACACAAAUGUAUGAAUACCGGGGGCGUGGUCAUUGGGCACUGUCUUCGGAGACCUGCCACUACACCCCUCUAGGCAGUCAUGGGCCACAGGUCACAAGAAGGGGCCAGGAUAUAAACUCCAGGCACCUCAAGCUCAAGGGCAGUCUUGGGAACAAGGUUGCAGGGUAAGCCCUUAGCAGCAAACUGUUUUAAAAUAUAGGUUUAUUAUCAUUCAGGUAUGGUGAGGCCAGUAGAUCGGGAGACAAUUGCCAUUGAAAAGAUAGUUUGUUAUUUUCAGAGAUCCCAAAGGAAGGGGGCAUGCCAAGCUCUGCAGGGCACCAGGGUCGGUCAGGAGUUAGAGGGGAAGAGGAGAAACUUGGACAAGAGUCUUGACUGUGGUUUCCUUGGGAAGGAACAGAUGAGGCAGGUUAAGCUUAGGAUUGUCUAGUUUGAAUAAUUUCAGCAGGCUCUGGGGUGUAAGGGUUGUCCCCAGUUGCCUGGAACUUGGCCCUGGGGUGACUAGGCAGAUGAAAAGUGACCUGAAGUAUAGAAUGCCAUAAAGGAAGUGGUUGGGGGUAUGGGCUCUGGGUUGGUUGCUUUGCAUGUGAAAGGCAUACUUACAUGUCAGUCCUUUAUUACCUCUAGGAAUUGGCUAGCCCUGGGAGGGGCAGUCCCUCCAAUGUCAGCAAGGCCCCAGAUGUCAAAGCACCAGAAAUACAGAAAUAAAAAACCAUGAUUAAUGCAUAAAGCACACAGAAGCCGGGUGUUGGGUGCACAGAACUGGUAAGAGGAAUCUGAGGGGACCUGGGCAGGCUGCCAACAGUGUCCACUACAGGUGGGAAGGUACAGUGGAUUAGUUAUGUGUUACAGGACCUAGAACCAGUGACUUCCCCUGGCUUGCUGUCAUGUCAGUUUCCUUAUUUGUACCUACAGCCAAGUGUGGCUGAGAGAGUUCACUGAGAAUGUCCAUGAACUGGACCUGGCAUGUGACGUGUGAUGAUAAACAUUAAUCACCAUUAUUAGCUGCUGAUCGACAAUUCUAGUGCCUCGAAGUGUGUAAACUCUGGUGAACAUUGAGGAUCCAAGACAAAAAUGGAAGGGAACAAAUGCUCGUUACCAUGAGGCAAAGGGAAUCUUUGAUGUCUUCCAAACCAAUCAGGUAGAAUUUGUCCUCCUUACUUUCCAGAUGAAUUAAUUAAAGAUCAGAGAAGGAGAGCGACCUGCUCAGUGUCACACAGACAGGAGGUGUUGGAGUAGAGU